UCUGCUUUCUCUCGUCUAUUGCUGCCUUUUGUAAUCAUGAGUCCUUGUGCCAUCAUUGCCAUAAAAGUCUCUCUCAUUCUCUCUCUCUCCCUCUCCCCUUCACAGAUACAAACACAAAAUCACAGCUAUUUCACUUUCUUUUCACCCUCAUACUAGUUUCUCACCAAGUUUCACACCUAUAAAAACCCCUUGUAGCACAAUUGUUACGCCUCACUCACUAACUAUCAUCUCUCAGUUUCCCAUUUUUCAUUUCCUUGUUACUCAGUUUUGCAAGAGAAUCUUAUCUCUCAAGCUUCUAGCUCUUCUCUGAAAGACUUGGUUUCUACAAGGGCAACAGCAUGUGCUCUUUCUCUUCAGAACAGAGUCAUUUCUUUUUGGUACUUCCUCGUCCAUGUUCAUCCAAGAAACACCUUCAUUUGGGAAAACUCAACAGAAGAAGGAGAACAACACAAUUGAAGGAAGCAAGGCAAAGGAAAAGGAUGGUUGUUGUGAAAGCAAAGAUUAAGAUGAAAAACUUGAAGUUGUACAUGGAGAACCAAACCAUCAUAGAGGAGAAUGAGAAGUUGAGGAAACAAGCCAUGCUUCUCCACAAAGAGAAUCAGGCCCUCAUGUCUCAGCUCCAAAAGAAACUUUCAGAACAGAACAAUACCAGCAAUAACUAGCAAUUAGCUAUAAUAUACAGUUUAUUUACUCUGUUCAAGAGUAGGAGAAAUUAAAGGGUCUGUAUUCUGAUGUUAGCCCUGAAUCUUAGAUUCCCUUCUUUUUCUGGCAAUUAUAAAUUUUCUAGCCCUGAGGUUAUAAAUUAAUUAAUUUUCUAGCAAUAAGUUUAGAGUGGUAAAAUAAUUGCAAAUAGAUAAGAUGCCAAUUGUGACCACUACAUGGAAUAUAAAAUUGUGCAAUGCUGUAUUAGAGAAGGAGAAAGACAGUAGUCACUAGUUAAUCA